AUGUCUAAACCUACUCAAGAACCCUUAGUGCAAGAUGGAGAACUCAUGGCGAGUCUGCCGCUCCCAAGGAUAGUUCAAGCUCCAGAGGACAAUCCCAGCGAGCAAAGCAAACCGGUCGAAGAAGAGGAGCUCGCGGAGGAAGAGAGAAGCACAUCACCGGUGACAGUGACCGAAGAAGCUUCAGAGGUAGUGGAAGAAAGCCCGAUAACGUCAGUCAAAAAGCCCAUGAAGAAGCUGUGCGGUGUCUGCAAUACAAACGAACCCAAAUACAAAUGCAGCCGAUGCUACUUGCCCAACUGUUCAGUAAAAUGCUCAACCCUCCACAAGGCAACCCAUCCUGCUGAAGAGAUACGGCCAGCAAGCUUACCACCGAAACCAGAGCCGCAGGUUAAGACGGGCGCCGCAAGAGCUGGAACCGUAGGUGGUGCUACAAACUCGAAUCAGAAGGGAGCCUUUUCAGCGCUGGAUAAUUCCAAAGAGCUUCAAGCGCUAUUCAAGAAGCACCCACGCUUACCAGGUUUGCUCGAGAAGAUCAACAAGGCUACGCUUCCGCCGACGAAUACGACCGGCCAUCAAAACCAUAACGGAGGAAAGCGGAAGGACUUGCCGUGGAAUUCCGAACGUGGUCUUCAAAAAGGCAUACAGGAGCUCAAUGAUCUACGCAAUACGGGAUCGAAUGAUGGAAAAGCGGUGAGAGAGUUUUCGAAGCUCAUACUACUGCUGUUGUCUCAAAAAGAGGGAAAUUCGGCGCGAGAUGAGGUCGAAAGAGAAGUCGCAGUCGAGAACCACAAGAUCAUCGAGCAGCUGCUGAACGUCGAAUCAUGA